UGAUGGCGGCUGUAGGACCAGGCACCGUUGGUGGGAAUUCAAACACAAAUGGUGCUGAAAGAUGGUAUUUCACCGCCGACGAACUUGCCAAUUCGGCCAGCAGGGCUUGUGGCAUAGACCCCGAAAAAGAAUUGGCUCAGAGACAGCAAACCGCUAAUUUGAUUCAGGAGAUGGGACAACGAUUGCAUGUGAAUCAGUUGUGCAUCAACACCGCCAUCGUAUACAUGCACCGUUUUUAUCGCUUCCACUCCUUCACGAAAUUCAACAGAAAUGACAUCUCGCAGUGCGCAUUGUUCCUCGCUGCGAAGGUUGAAGAGCAACCUCGGAAGUUGGAACACGUUAUAAAAUGUGCAAGAGCCGUACUAUCGAAAACGAGCACAAACAAUACGCUUGACCCAACGUCAGAAGAAUACCUCGCCAUGGCUGGUGAAUUGGUAGCAAAUGAGAACUUGAUGCUUCAAACGCUCGGAUUCGACAUCGGCAUCGACCAUCCGCACACGCACGUCGUCAAAUGUUGUCAGCUUGUUAAGGCGACCAAGGAACUCGCACAAACUUCUUACUUCUUAGCAACAAAUACAUUGCAUUUCACUACCAUGUGUCUUCAAUACAAGCCCACAGUGGUUGCAUGCAUUUGCAUCCAUGUUGCCUGCAAAUGGACAGAUCUUGAGAUCCCGACAUCUUCGGAAAAUAGACAAUGGUUCAGCUAUAUCGAUGAUACUGUGACCCCGCAGUUGCUCGAAGAGUUAUCCGCCGAGUUUCUCGCGUGUCUGGACAAGUGUCCCGAGAAAACGCGGAACCGAAUCUUUUCUUGUCUGAAGAACGUCCCUGGCGGUGUUCAUCGGACUCACUUGCAGCCACCUCCUGCGCAGCCGCAGCAUCACAGAAGUGAUCCGAACGCAGUGCAGCGAGCAGACUCGAGUAGAAGUUCGAAUAGAGCGCUCCAUCCCACCCAUCAGCCCGACUCGACAACAUUGAUCGCUGACAGAAGAAGAACUGCGCCGCCUAGUUCCCAACAACAGCAACAACAUCAACAGCAUCAGCAGCAACAAACCCAGCCCCAACAGCAACAAGCCAGCAGCGGUCAUGGCCACCGAAUGUCAAGCCACCACAGUAGCUCGACUUCGGACCGCUACUCGUACAACAAGGAACAUCAACGAACACAGCAAACUCAGAAUCUAGCCGGUACUCAAUCUCAGGGACGCCAUUCCCUACCUCCAAACAUCAAACCAGCUCAAGCGUCGAGUGGGAUGGUGCACCCGAAGAAGCAGUACCAACAACAACACUACCUCGGAGGUCAACAGCAGUCACAACAACAACAACAACCAACUCAACAGCAUCAAUCGCAGCAACAGUCCCAACAACCAGCAGCCGACAUCAAACCGCGCGGAAGCAAUAACGGUGCCGUGCAAUCGUCCGCCCAUGCUGCACAUGGCCUGCUGGACCCUGGUCGGAGGCCCCACAUGAAGCAGGACGUGCAUCAACACCAUCAGCAGCAGCAGCAGCAGCAACCGCUGUCACAACAUUCUCACAGCAUGCCUCAGCUCAAUAGUCAGUCGAUAUCAUCUAAAUCAAAUGAAGUCAAAUCCAACGUCCGUAACCAAGUGAUGGGCAGCCUCUUCGAUGAGUCCAGUGGUUUGCUCAGAACGGCGGACUUCUCUCAGCCCUAUCCCAGUUGCGCUUCUCCGCCAGCUCACAACCCUAUGUUCGAGGGUGAUUCCUCGUCCAUGGAGAAUGAUUUUCUCUCCGGACUAGUUUCACAGACAAGCCCGAACAACAACUCCGGCUCGAAUUCGCUGGGUUUCGGAGGGACAUUCAAUCAACAGAAGCAAUUGUCUCCCCCGGAAACUCAACACCGCUUGAGUUCACCCCGAGCGUACUCGGGUGCGGCGGAAUCGGCUGGAGGUUUAAUUCCGAAAAAAGAACUCGCUGCCUCGCUACCGCCCUCAUAUCCCAAUGUCAAGCAGGAGCUCCAUCAACCGCUUGGCCCAGCAUCUCAACGGAAGAUUCAAUCCUCGCUUCCCCCGUCGAUCAAGCAAGAGCUUCCAGAGCCGAGUAGCCUGAUGAGCGCUCAUCAGCAGCUUCAGUUGCCGACGCACAACCAGCAACCACAACAACAACUUCUCCAGCAGUCGCAUCAACAAUCGCAGCUCUCCUCACAAUGCGAAAGUUCGAUGAAUUCCUCUAUCACUCGCGGCCCUCCCGAUGCUCCGAAGCCUCUUUUGGAUGCCGUGUCGAGGCCGAACCUUUCGGCAGUCCCGGCCACCGAAGGCUUGAAUGCUAAUACCGUUUUGGCGACGGCGCUUCCGAAUGAUCAUCCUACGUUAUCUCGACAAGCUGCCCCUGGUCAAGACCUUCCCCUGACGAACGUCGCUCCUCCGACCAUCAUGCAACAGGUACCGCAAACUUCGCAUCCAGUCCAGCCUGAGAUCAACGACUCUCAAACCGAUAGCAGAAGUUUCUUGGGAGCUGAGCAGCAGGAGCUGGACGGUGGGAAGAAGCAUAAGAAGAAAAAGGGGAAGAAGGACAAGAAAGAGAAGAAAGACAAACGCCACAAAGACGACAAGAAGAAGAAAAAGAAGAAGGACAAAAGCAGAGAUAGAUCCCGGUCGAGGUCUCGUUCAUCAUCGCCAGUCGCGCCAUCCACAGUAUUCCAGCCCAUACAAAUGGAUGGUGUCAAGUUGAAAAUCAAAGUGAUUCCUCCGCCGAGACAAGUAGCCGGGAGUAGCAGUGAUUCCAACGCGGGAAACAACGGCUCCGUCACAGGAAGUAGUGCAGCGGGAGGAGGCGACAAUAACCUCAAGAUUAAGAUUCCUAAAGAUAAAUUCGAUGGCGAUCGCAAAGAGAAGCGCAAGCGAAAAGAUGAAUUCUACGAGGAAUCGACGCCAAAAAGUAGGAAAUUUCAAUGAUACUGCGGUGAUGAUGGUAAUGGGUCGAUCACUCGAGCGCUCAGAAACAGCUGAAAGAUGUGAAUAAAUGAGUAUUAAGUAAGCGAUGCAUGAGUGGGCGCAGCCGAGUGAACGAAUGGAUAGAUGGAUGGAUGCGCGCUUAGUUAGAUGGUGGAAUGAGUGGAACGAAACGAAUUCACUCUGCGAAAACCAAACCGAGAGAAUGUGGAGAAGGUUUACAUUAAAAACUUCAUGUAAAAAAAUCCCUCGGGAUAUAUCUUGUUGACGGUUUUGCUCGGAAAUCAUACUGAAUGACUGAUCAAGGAAAAUUCACGGCGCGCUUGCGGCGUUAUGAGAAAGAAAAAGAGCUGGGACUAUAGAAAGAAAAAGUGAUCUCGAUCGCGUCAGCUAGCUAGCAGCCUGUCUAGUGGGAAGUUUCGAUCGGGAGCUCCGUGAGAUCAAAGAAAGUAGGUAGUUUACCAUUCCAGAUCUAGUAAUCGAGAACAAUCGAACGUAUUCGUCGACAAUGAGGUGGCUGCGAUGCGCAGCAGCUCUGACUAUUUUGUUGGAUGGAUGAAAACGGGAGAAAAUUCGAACUUUUUUAGUAAUGAGAUUAAACGGAAACAGUGAGAAAAGCAGACUUGUAUUCUACUUAUGGCCUAAUAAAUUCUGUUG